AUAAUACCCCACUCACCCAUUCUUACUUAUUCUCUCUCCUACCCUUCAAUUCUCUCUCUCCUUCUUCUUCUUCUUCUUCCUUCUCCCUCCUACCUUCUAACGCACGCUUUCAAAGCUUUCCAUAAAGCUUUUCCCCCCAUAAUCAUCUAUAUAUAACGCAGACAAUUCCAGUUUCACGCACCUCACGCUUAGUAAAAAAAAAUUAAAGAAAAAAAAAAGAAAAGAAAAAACAAAUUCCAUAUUAUUUUCUUUUCUUUAAUUUUAAUUUUUGCUCUUCCAAAUUCUCACGACGAUCUUACAGUUAUAUAUAAUCCCCAUCCAUCUCCAUGUCCACCGACCUUCAUCUUCACCACAACCUCCCUAAGCUCCGAAUCUCUCCGAUCAAGAUGGAGAACACAUCAAGAAUCCACUCUUCAAACCAAAACGACGCCGUCGCCGUCGUGGAAGAACGACCUGAGGCGGUUACAGACCGCAACGACGGUGGCGCCGUUGUUUUGAGCGUUGUUGAGGUGGAGCAGGAGGAGGAGGAGGAAGAGAGCUACAGGACGCCGACGUCGAAGGAGAGCAAGAUUCCGGAGAUGGUGACGUGUCCGUUCCAGUUCUUUGAUGUGAACAAUAAGGAAGACAUGGACGCUUUCUUCAGAUCUACUUUUCCUAAGAGGACAUGCUCCUGUACAUGAUCAUCAUCAUCUUCUUCUUCUCUCUCAUUAUCUGAAAAAAGAAAAAACGGUUAUUAUAUUUCCACGUUUUAAUUUGGCUUCCUCCAAGCUGAUGGAAUGUGAAGCUACGUAAAUUACACAAUUUUUAAUUAGUUUCUUCUUUAAUUUCUUCUUCCUUCUCCUUCUUAUAAAAUUCCGAUUCCGAUCCAUCACUUGUUGGAUUAACUCUACUCUUUUUUCUUCUUUUCUUUUCUUUUUUUUUUUUAAUUAUAUUGUUUUUAUGUUAUAUAUAUUUCACUUGUAUAAGAUGUGAAAUAUUGGAUCGUCCUGAA